AUGGGCGCAUUCACUUGGAAGUCAGUACUUCUUCCGCCUAUCUUCGCCCUUGCUCUCUACGCCUUGACAACCUACCUCGUCCUCCCUUACUACCGCCACCUCCGCGCGCGCUCCUCCUACAGCCUGCUACCUUCCUCGCAAUCAUCUUCCAACAAUCCAUCCCUCACCACCCGCCUCCUCUCUCGCAUUCAAGCCCUUGUCGGCCGCUCAAAGCGACGCGCCAGCUCGAAUAGCUUGCUCGGCGAUGAAGAGUUAGAAGAAGGAUUCGACAAUCUCUCCGACGAGGUGAUUCGAGGAAGAGAUGAUGUGGCUGUGGACUCGGAUACGGAGGGUGACACGAGAUUAAGUCGUGAGUUGGAGGCAACAAAGGGAAAGCCACGACCCGUCGAAUGCUCAGCUCAGAUCCUGUCCUACCCAAUCGCCGAGCGGCUCGAAGAUAGCUUCUGCGUCGUGGAGUAG